UCUUUCCCCGUCUACUCUCUCUCUCUCUCUCUUCUCUUUCUCUUAUCUUCUUUCUCUCUUCUCUCCACGGCCACACACCACCACCACACAGAUCCAACCUCCAGCAACCACUAUUUUUGACACGUGGAAAAUCAUUUAAUUCAUCUUACUCCGACAACCUCAACCACCAACCGGCGCUGCCUAACUCGCUGUCAACUAUUUGGAAUAGUCCGUCAAAGUUUUUGUCCGUCAACUUUGACUGUGUUUUCCGGCCAACUCCGAAUACCCCUCGAUGAGUGGUUGGUACCUUUGGAAACAGCGUGGAGAGAGGAACAAAACCCACUAAGUCAUUCCGGUCAACUCGUCGUUUUUCUCCAGCGAGAUUUUGGGUAUCUCCGCUACUUUCCGGCAACGUUCCGGCGAGUCUGAACACUUUUUGGAACGAUGGUUCACAUGAAUGUGAUCUACUCGCUGAUGUGGUCAUUUUGAUAUAUGCCACGCCUACCUUCAUUGAUGUUUUCGAUACACCGCUCACUACCUCCACCAACUGCUAUUGUGCACUGCUUGGGAAAAUCGUGAUAUUAAAAUUGGACUAAAACAUUUUAGGAUCAUCGUUAAGCUUAGCAUCGUCGCUUUUGGCUCGGAUUGAAAAUUCUAAGGAGUGAUUCUCAGAAAACAAACAUCCAUAGUGAGCGCAUUUGCAUGGAUCGCAAGCUAUUCCAAGCUGCAACUGAUGGUGAAACUGAAGUCUUUAGGGAAAAGGUCAGUGAACUCCAACUAUUAUUGACCCCAGAAAGAAAUACAGUGCUCCAUGUCCAUAUCAUCACUACUUCAAGAGCCACUAAUCAAACAACCUUCGUGGAAGGGAUCCUGGACUUGUGUCCAACAUUGUUGAUGCAAACUAAUGCAAGAGAAGAGACUCCCUUACUCAUGGCAGCAAGGUACGGCCAUCACCGGAUUGUUGAUUUUCUAAUUGAACGUGCAAAAUUGUCCUAACCACAGGACCAUGAAGAGGGCAUCUCUGGUGUCCAAACAAUGAUAAGGAUGAAGAAUGAGGAAGAGGACACUGCGUUGCAUGAGGCUGCGCAAUUCGGGCAUCUUGAGGUUGUGCAGAUAUUGACGAGAGAAGACCCUGAUUUCUCGUAUUCGACUAAUAAAGCAAGCGAGACUCCACUCUACAUUGUCGUCUAGUGCCAACACCAAGAUUUGGUUAAUGUAAUACUAAGUAAUUGUUCGUCACUAGUAGGGGUGUUCAGAUAAACCGCAAACCGCGGUUUGGAACCAAACCGCAAAAAACCGUAACCAAUGAAACCGUUUUUUGAUGGUUCGGUUUAACCGGACCGCUCAACUUUAAUGGUUUGGUCACGGUUUCUAAUUUUUUAAAACCAAUUAAACCGGACCGGACCAUAAUUUUUUCUAAAAAAAUAAUCUUUAGAAAUGAUAGUUCAAAGGAUUGAACCCCUACACUUAAGUUAAUAUAAAGUGUACCAAACCAUCCAAACCAAAUAAUUUAAUUGUUUAUGAUAUGUUUUUAGUAGUAUUUAAUAGAUGCACAAGUUUCUAAAAGUAAAAAAAAAUGUAAAGUCCCACAUGGUUUAGAAAGUAAACAUUUCUUUUUCUCACUUCUAUAAAAUGAUUCAAAAUACUUAAACUUAUAACAACAAAGACAAUAAGCUUCUUGUAGACUUUUAUGGUCUUAAAAGUAAAGCUAAAAUUAUUAUUAUUUAAAUACAAUUAUUUAGUUAAUUAUUUUAUAAUAAAAAAGUUUUAAAUUUUAAAAAUUUGGUUAUAUGGUUAAAACCAAACCAAACCGCACAAAACGGUUUAUUUAUGGUUUGGUUUGGUUUGGUUUUUUAAUUUUAAUGGUUUGGUUUGGUUUUUCAUUUUGAAAAAACCGCAUGAGCGGUUUGGUUUAAAAAUUCUUCUAAACCGCACCAAACCAAACCGUGUACACUCCUAGUCACUAGCUACCGGUGGCCCUAAGGGCAGAACUGCACUGCAUGCAGCUUCUACAAAUAUAGGAAUAACAAAAAUGCUUUUGGACAAAGUAGAUUAUCUGACAAAACAAGCAGAUGAUGGUGGUUGUAUUCCACUGCACUAUGUUGCUUUCUUCGGCUCAUCAAAUGUGGUGGAGAUGACAAAAAUGUUGCUAGAAAAUAAUGAAAGUAGUGCAUACAUCAAAAAUAAGAAAGGCAUGACAGCGCUUCACAUUGCAGCUUACAAUGAGUGUUAUGGUGAUAAGAUAAUGAAGGAAAUUCUGACAAGUUGUCCAGAUAGCUACGAAGAAGUUGACAAUGAAGGCAGAAAUGUUCUACACCAUGCUGUGUCGACUACAUAUCUCUCCAACGUAAACUUCAUCUUAGAACACGCAUCAUCAUUAAUUUUAAAUAGAAAAGAUAAGGAAGGAAAUACCCCAUUGCUUCAUAUGGCUGCCACUUCCUCAUGGAAUCUACCCAUUCUAAAAGCUUUGUUGUCUCAUCCCAAAGUGAAUAGGAUGUCACUCAACAAACAAAACAACAAUAUUCGAGAUGAGUAUAUGAUUCAAUUCAAACAAUAUGAGGUAAGAAUGCUGGAUCUCUUCAAUAAAUACUUCAUAGAGCCUUCUGUGGGAAUACAUAUCCUAGAACUCGAACUCAAUCGCAAGAACAUUAAUUAUAUGCAGAAGGAAAUCAUUACAAAAAUUAAAGAAUCUAGUCUAGUUACUUCUACAUUGAUUGCGACAGUGACAUUUGCAGCUGGAUUUACGAUGCCAGGAGGUUACAUAAGCGACGAGGUUGGACAUCGACAACAAGGGAGUGCUGUACUGAGGAACAACACAGCAUUUCAGGCCUUCAUCAUAACAAACACAAUGGCCAUGUUGCUCUCUGCUACAUCUGUUUUUUUGAACAUCUUUCUUAAUAUAACAUUUGUAGAAGGAGUAAAUGAUCACAGGAAGUGGAAUUACUAUAAGUUUUGCAUGAGCUUAACCAUCUAUGCCCUGGCCUUAAUGAUGAUAGCAUUUGUCACUGGUACAUACGCAGUGUUGUCACUUUCUGCUCCCCUUGCCAUCACCACUUGUUUUAUUGGAUCGCUUUUCUUCGUUAUCACAUUCUACAUAAUAAUGCAUGAAUAAGAGAGUGUAUAAUUUAGGAAUAAUUUUCAUAUAUAUACUCAUAUAUCUUCUAGUCAUAACUUGUGCAAGUGAUAAAUAUAUAAGAGUAAACUCAAAAUUUUAAAUUUAUUAUUAAUAAAUUUAUUUUAAUUAUUUAAAUAUUAUUACAAUAUAUAAAUGUUAUUAUGUGUUAGUUCAUCCACUUUAACUAAAUGUUAUUGUGGUGUUUGGGUUCUUUUUCUUUCAGUUUUAUUGUUAUGUUUAGUUAGUUAGUUCUGUUAAGGGAAUUAGCUAUAAAUACUUGAGAACCUUGGUCUGUUGGGAUAUUGGUUAAGAGUUAGAAAUUGAGUGAGAUUGGAGGGUUGUAAAGAGUUCAAGUGUAUCUGAUCUUGAUCUUUCAUUGUGUGAGCUCUCUUUGUAAUUUGAAGCAAGGCUUCUUGGUGUAAACUCUUGUUCUGAUCUCAAGCUUACUGAAUAAAGUUCUCAGCCAUUUUUUAGGUUGUUCUA